UUGAGAAGUGUGUGAACAGAGAGAAAGUAAGAGAGAUAUGGUGAGCGAGACGAGCGGUGGGCAAAGAAAUAGUGCUGCAGAGAAUGAACCACCCCUCCCUUCCCAGCCAGCAGAGCCUACGUAACAAGAGAAGGAGAAGCAGGAGUUCGUGAAGAUGAAGAGAACAAGACACACGACCACUCAAAGUAACAACAGAUCACAUGGAGCUGCAUUUUGAAGAAACUGUAAGUGCUUUUCAUGGCUUUUACUGAUAAGUCAGGGCAGUUCAGCUACUACCUGUGCCAUAAAUACUAAAAAAAAAAAAAAAAAAAAAAAAAACUGCUUAAAAUACUGAAAUGACAUCACAUUCCAGCAUUUGAGGACAUCAUGGGACUCUUAUAGAAGACUCAGUGCCAUGGUGGAAGAGGAACCACUGCUACAGAUGGUGAAGAUGUCAACAGUAACUGAAAGUUUGGAGAAGGUGGACUUGAUGUACAUCUCCAUAGAGAGCACUAUCGCUCUGGUGUCGGUGCUUGGGAACGUGCUGGUGGUCCUGGUGGUUUACAUGAACCAGGCUCUCAGAGACCCGACUUUCUGCUUUAUCGUCUCUCUGGCACUGGCCGAUAUUGCAGUCGGCGUACUUGUCAUUCCGCUGGCAGUGGUCCUCAGCUUGGGUCUCAGUACACUGUUUUACACCUGCCUCUUCAUCUCCUGCCUCCUCAUCACCAUCACCCAAAGCUCCAUACUGUCCCUGCUGGCCAUCGCCAUUGACCGCUUCCUACGCGUCAAAAUCCCCACCAGGUACAACAUCAUUGUUACACAGAGGCGGGCAUGGGUAGCAGUGGGUUUGUGCUGGCUUAUCUCGUUUCUGACUGGUUUAGUGCCGAUGGCCGGCUGGCACCUCAGCCCACCUGGAAAUGUCAGCAUGACGCCCAUCAAAUGCCAGUUCACCAAAGUCAUGCGCAUGGAUUACAUGGUCUACUUCAACUUCUUUGUUUGGGUGGUAGUGCCCCUGAUAAUCAUGAUCGGACUGUACGCAGAGAUCUUUCGCGUGAUCUGCCGCCAGCUCAACCGUCGAGCCGAGGCCACCUGUGACUCGAACAAAUACUACCGCAAAGAGCUGAAACUUGCAAAGUCGUUAGUGCUAGUUCUGUUUCUGUUUGCGCUCUGCUGGCUGCCACUGCACAUUAUGAACUGUAUUGUGUUUUAUUGCCCGACAUGCAACGUGCCCAAGAUUGCUGUUUACGUGGGUAUCUUUAUGUCACACGUCAACUCCGCGCUCAACCCACUGGUGUACGCUUUCCGCAUCCAGCGCUUCCAUGAUACGCUGAUUCAUAUCAUCCAGCGAUUUGUGCUCUGUAAAACCACAUCAGCCAUCCAGGGCCAGCACAGUCCUGGACCAACCACAGAGAAAACCCAAGUUCAGUAGCAACUGAGACUAAGGGGAAUCAAAGUCUUUAAAUAUACAAUGAUGGAGAUGCAACGCGCAAUGUGGCAGAAUAAGCCCCGCCUUCUAAAUAAAAGAGCCAAUCGGCAAUUAGUAAAGUCAUUGCAUCGCUACGGCUGCUGUAAGGAGCUCCAGUUUUAAUAGAAACAGUCAGUGUUUUGAGAGGCACACUUAGGACUGCAUAUGUGCAUUGGCUGGUUUAGCAUAAAUUUGUAAAACUAUUUGAGCAUAAGAAACCACAUUUAUAUGGGCCGUUCAUGUCAGAUUUUGUUGAUUUCCCCAUUUAAGUUCUCUUUUCAGACUCGGUCUUGGAUGCCUGAAAUAGCUGCCCGGUGGACUUUCACACACUGUCUGAAAUCAUUGCAACUGACUGGCUGAGAGAACUAUGCAAAUCAGGAACCAGCACAAAUAUACCCAAAAUUAUUGCAGAACAUUCAUGCAACACAUUUCUCCAUUUUCCAUUCUGAUUUUGCGCUCUACAUUGUGGAGGAUACAGCGAACUACAGCAAUCUGGCAUUACUGCAGUUCAUGCACAUGAAUCAGCUCUUUAAAAUGCAGAAAGAGCACGUCUACACUGUGAGUCUGGAAAUAAGCCCGGUUAUAAUGCACUUCUCCAUCAUUUGAUGAAUUACUGCUGCCACAAUAUCUUGAAAAUAUACACAAACAUCGCUUUUCCAGCUUAAUUGCGUCAAGAAAAUAGCAGGUUUUGUGAACAUUCAAUAAUAGGCUUUAUUUGCAUAGCAAGGAGGUGUGUUUGCACUGGACAGAAUGACAAUGACUAGAAUUAAAUAUUCAAAGCGCAAUGCUAUACCACACCUGUUUAAGUUGGAAUACGGUCAAUAUGAUGUUUUUUUUUUUGUUUUUUGUGCUGAAAUACUGAAUGUAAAAGCAGUGUAACUUUAUAGUAAAUUUACCACUGUGAGAUCAACUAUGGAUAGAUUCUAUAGAUACUAAAAACUCUGCAGCUUCAAAGAUCUCUCUUUUGAAUGUAAUAAAAAAUAUUUUGUAGCCUGAUGUGGCUAAGAAUGAAUAUUGGAUGAUUUGUAUUGACUUUUGAAAUGCACACCAAGCAACUAGUGAACAGAGUAAAAUGGGACAAUUUAACAUAAAUGAACAGAACCAAUUUACCACCAAUAAGCAGAACAAACCAAUAUUCAUUACAGUCCUAAUGCUUCAGGUAUCAAUUUUCCACCAAGGAACAUAACAACCAAUAUUCAUUACAGUAAGUUUUUCAGCUCAUGGCUUGGAUUUGGUUGCACAUAAACCUCAGGAGAUUCAUGUUAUGCAUUUCUACACCAUAAGAAAGCACUGGACAUUGUUUAUGUAUAAGUGUAAUUUCUUCAAUUAAAAAUCAAUAUCAUGAAGUGAAGACUUAGCAUUUAUUAAAGGUGCUGUAUGUUAUUUUGAC